AUGUCUACUAAAACUAAAAAAGUCACAUAUAGAGAUCCAACAGAAGAAAAUGCUGAUUAUCUUAUACCUUCACCAGAUAAUUCUAAUCUACCAUUAUCAUCUAAUCAAAUGAAAUCAUCUGAAGAAUCUUCUUAUAAAUCUCCAGUUGGAUAUUAUGGUUCAAUUUAUUUUCCUAUUUCACUUGCUCUUUAUGCUAGUGUACCAGUAACACAAAUUUUAAUUGGUUUUAUAUAUAUUGGCCAAUGUACUAUACGACAAUUUAUAUUUGUUUAUAUGAUUCUUAGUGGCGCUUUUGGUAUUGCUUUAGUAGUUGUUGGUUUAAUAAUUUAUUAUGUGAAAAAAACUAUUAAAAAACCAUCAUCAUUAUCAUAUGAUAAUUCGAAAUCAAAUCCAAUGAUAUUAAAAAUUCUUAUUCCAAUAUUUAUUAUUCUUUUCCUAUGUGUUAUUGGAUGGUUUAUUGCUGGACAAGUUAUUGUAUUUGAAGUUAAAUUACGUGUUGAAUUGUUUGAUCCUGAUUUACCUGAAUAUUGUAAUAAACAUUUAUAUAAAGCUGCAUAUAUACUUAUUUUUGUUGAUUAUCUCAUUAUUCUUUUUGUUGUUAUAUUUGGUGCACUUAGUUCUAUGUCAUCUCCUGAGGAAAUGAACAAAACGAAAUCAAAACGUCAAAUUCGUCAAACACAAAAAUAA